GGAUUCACCUGUGAGAAUUAUAACUAGAAGAUUGUAUACAUGUUGUUGAUUCAGUGUUAACUAGCAUCAACAUCCGUACUCCAAUUAUUUAGCCUGGAUUCUCCAUAGAAUGUAAGGGAAUUGAUCUACAAAUCAACAACAGGAUGACAAAAGCAAUAUUUCACUUUUGUUUGGAAGGAAGAGAUGCAAAGACUUCAACUAUAAAGGUUAAAACAAUUCAACUAGAAACAGAAGAAACACUUUACAAGUUUCCAGAAGAGCUUCAACUGAAGGAACACCAUCAAGAACUGUUCGCAACCAACAUUGUAAAGAAUGCAGCUAAGAGCCUAAAGUCAAGAGGACAAUUUAGAAGAAUAAAAAUAUCUUUAAAGGGCGGAUUGGAAGGAAAAUACCUGGAUGACGAGGGAAAUGUGUGCUAUGGUGAGUUAUAUUUGGAUGAAGUUCAGACUGAUAAUUACCCGAAUCCCCCAUCCACAUCCGCACCCCUCCAACAAAAAUCAAUUCACUCGAAGGCAAAAGACAUGGUGCUAACGAAAUUCACAGGAAAAAAUCAAGAUGCCAAAACUUUUGUAAAACUAUUUAAACAAGAAAGUGAACGCGUACAAAUAGAAGAGGAGAAAUUCCCGGAGACAUUUAAAUUAUUUGUAGAGGGUCCAGCAUUAGAUUGGUAUCUUGCCGUAUUGAAAACUGAAGGUCUUAUUUAUCCGUGGGAACUAUGGGAGACAUCCUUUUUGAAAACCUUUUCUGAACGUAGUUGGUCAGAAAUAAAUUAUGCAUACACAUUCAAACACAUGAAUGGUCCCUUGUUAGACUAUGCCCUAAAAAAGAGAAACCUCCUUUUAGAUGCCGACACAGAUCUUACUGAAAGCAGCCAAAUUAAUUUCAUAGUAUUAGGACUCCCAGCACAAGUGAGAUCUCGUAUUACUAAAAAGGAAAUAGAUUCUAUAGACAAAUUAAUGUCCACUAUAAGACAAUUGGAACAUUUAAAUAUAGGCAAAGAAAAAAACCAAAGUGCGAUAAAUAUGAAAAAUAAAAAUGUAAAUGAUGGAUUAGUAAAAAAACCAUGCCCACAUUGUAUAGAGAGAGGCUUCCCAAACAGAUACCACCCAGAACAAAACUGUAGGCUGAAAAAUUCCGAAGUGAAGGGAAAAUACAAAAACGAACAAAUCAAGAUAAUAAAUAACUCUGAAAUCCAGGACAGUGUGUCCCUAUCAGAAGAUGCAAAAAACGAUUAACCACCCCACUCAUAAAACUGAAGAUUUUAGCUGCAGACAAACCAGCAAUUGGUUUAUAUGAUUCAGGAGUUAAUGUAUCAUUAGUAAACCAUGACUUCAUUCAGAGGUUAGGGUUAGCUAAAAAUAUAAGUGGGGUGAAGACAAUUAAAACUAUAUCUGGUAUGACAAAAACAAUGGGAUCAAUAAUUAUCCCCUUGAAAAUUUUUAAUAGAACAAAAAAAUGCUUUCUGUUUGUAGUAAAGAAUAAUGCAUUUUUAGACGAUAUUCUCCUUGGCUUAGAUAUUAUCAAAGAAUUCAGAUUAUGCCAAGAUGAAAAUUUAAAAAUUUUCCAAAAUGAAAAAUCAGAAAAAAAAUUAGGCAAAGAGAUAAUAAUAAAUAUUACGACAAAAGAAGAAAAUAAGAGACCAAUAAAUUUGAAAGAGAUAUUAAAGGAGCAUGAAGACACCUUUGCGAAAAAUAAAUUCGAUAUCGGCACAGUUAAAAACUUUGAGGCCACAAUAAAAUUAACCCAAAAUAAAUAUAUUGCUAAAAAGCCGUACAAGUGUUCAUUACAGGACAAACAGGAGAUAGACGAUCAAGUGAAAAGCUUAUUAAAAGCGGGUCUGAUAGAACAAUCAACGAGCCCGUUUGCCGCACCAGUAACUCUUGUAUUUAAGAGAGAAGAAGGAAGAAAAUCACGAUUAUGUAUAGAUUAUCGUGAAUUAAAUAAAAUAGUAAUACCAGAAAGCCAACCUUUUCCGAUAAUUGACGACUUAAUGCUGUUGGUGCGUGACUGCACAUUUUUCACAAAAUUGGACAUAAAUUCGGCGUUUUGGUCGAUACCAAUCAGGAAAAAAGACAGAGAAAAAACAGCGUUCAUCACGCACAACGGACACUGGCAAUGGUCGUGCCUCCCGUUCGGAUUGAAAUCAUCCCCGGCGAUUUUUCAAAGAAUUUUAAAUGGCAUACUUUUCAAAUACGGGUUAAAUACAUUUACAAUAAACUAUAUCGAUGACAUAUUGAUAUUCUCUAAAUCUAUGUCAGAACACCUAAGCCAUGUGAAUAAAACCCUGACGGCACUAAAAAAAGCGGGUUUUAAAUUGAAUUUGCAGAAAUGUUCAUUUGCAAAAAAUAAAGUAAUUUAUUUAGGACAUGAAAUAGAGAACAAUGAAAUAAGACCAAUGAAGGAUAAUCUUAUCGCAAUAAGAAAAUUUCCUACACCACAAAACCAAAAGAAUGUUAGACAAUUUUUGGGAAAGAUUAAUUUCCAUUUAAAAUUCAUACCAAAUGCGACUAAUAAAUUAGAGCCGUUACAUAAUCUGUUAAGGAAGAACAUAUUAUUUGAAUGGUCACAGAAGUGUGACAAAAGCUUCAAUGAAAUUAAAGAGUAUUUAUGCGCUGCUCCCAUACUUGCAAUUUUCGACCAAAACCGUCCAGUAUACAUCUUCACAGAUGCAUCUAUAAAAGGAAUGGGAGCAAUUCUAAAGCAACCACAAGAAGAUGGUACAAUAAAAGAUGUAUUUUAUUUUUCAAAAAAGUUAACAGAACCGCAGAAAAGAAAAAAGGCAAUAUUCUUAGAAUGUCUGGCAAUUAAAGAGGCAAUCCUAUACUGGCAGUACCAUUUGAUAGGAAGAAAAUUCAUAAUAUUUUCGGACCAUAAACCCCUUGAAAAUUUUAAUAUAAAAAAUUGUAAUGAUAUAGAACUGAAAGCAAUGUUAAAUUAUAUAUCUAACUUCGAAUUUGAGAUUAAGUAUAACCCUGGUCAAGAAAACACAGAAGCCGAUAGUCUCUCACGUAAUCCGGUCCUGGAAAAUGACGACGAU